UGUUUGCAUGUGAGCCAUGGGCGGUCCACUGAGGUUGACUACUUUAGGGGCAGGCCAGGUCCCCGGUCAGCGUAGAAAGCUGAAGCUCGACACGGAGGGAAGCAAAUCAAAGAAGACAUUUGCAGACUAUAGACAGUUUGGAUUUUUGCAAAUCAAGACCAACAAAAAAAAAAAAACUCUACUGGAGCACAUGACAUAAAGGAAAAGGUGGGGGGUUGGACACCAAAACUUUGUGACAAAAUCUUCCUUUUGCCGUGUGUACUCCCUUCAGCAGCUGCCGCCUCAUCGCCAUUGUCCCCUACACUGCCUUUUUGGAAAGCGGCCAUGGAUCGCUCGGUGCAGGAACUCUUCCUCAACUUCAUGAUCGUCUUAAUCACCGUUCUCUUGAUGUGGCUGUUGGUGAAAACAUAUCAGGACUAACAUGCGGAACAUGAACAUUCCUCCCAUCUCCUCCGAGAGGAGAUGGGAGACAUUUAAUGGAGUCUGCAUGGUUUCUUCGGCUAUUUUAGGUCAGAUUUCAGUUUUAGUGUUUUCGUCUAUGGAAAUGGUGUGAUUUUAAUGCUGUUACCAAGGUAAACUAAUGUGGGAUUUAGAGCUACACUUUUUUGAAAUCCCGCUCUUGGAUCAAAAUCAAAAAGGGGGUUCCCAGAAAAGAGGAAAAUGUUAACAGAAAAAAAACAGAAACCUAACACAGAUCUGCUGCACCGUGCAAAUCUCUCCACUCUUGUUUUCAAACAAUGCAAGAUGACACUUUAUGCACUCGCACAUGCUAUUAUGUUUGAGUCUGUACGCUCUUUAAUUCUGUAUCUAAGUAAUUUGUGUGUAAUUGAAUCAAAUAUUUAAAUUAUUGUUGACUUCUCGCAGAAUAAAUUCUCUAUUUGCAUGA